GCAUAUCCAAAGGAGAACGUGUGCCUCUGGGUGACUUCAACGAUCAUAUUGUCCGAGGUGGAAAGAUUUGCCCAUAGACUGUGCCUCAAUUUUGACUUUGACUCGUUUGCAUCCCUUGCGUGACGCAUUCAUUUACAUUUACAUUUACGGUGUUUUGCAGCUGGGCGCCUUUUUGUAUGUUCUUUUGUUUUUCCCUUUUUUUUUCUCCCUCCCAGCACUAGCCCCAAGAGAUCAGGAAUCAAAUCCUGUCCUAUCGCCCACUGUUGCCCACUGCCCCACCAAAAUUCACCAAAAUUUCGAAAACUGCCCUUUGACCCCUCCCCCAGUCAGAGCCUGGAAAUCGCGUUCGGGUCUCACUACUAUCCAGCCGGGCAGGUCCAUCGAUCCUUCGUUGACUCACCACGAAGCCACGCGCAACUGCAUCUCUCAAACCCACUCAUCACUUUUGAUUUGGUUCGAUUCAGUGAUACAGCACCACCCAACAUGUCUCGAUUUUUCACUGGCGGUGGCGACAGCUCCAGCGAGAGCAGCUCCGACGAGGAGGAACUCUACUCUGAAGAGGAGGAAGCACAGGACAAGAAGGCGAGCUCCGACGAGGACGAAUCCGAAGAGGACGACGAAGAUGACUCGGACGACGAUUCCAGCGACGAGGACGAGGGCGGCAAGACUGGUGCAUCCCGUUUCUUGCGUGGCGAGUCCUCGGAAAGCGAAGACAGCGACGACGAGAGAGUCAAGACGGUCAAGAGCGCCAAGGACAAGCGAUUCCAGGAGCUCGAAGCCAUCAUCAAGGCGAUUGAGAACGGUCAAAAGAUCAAUGAUUGGGGUUCCAUUUCGACCGAAUUCGACAAGCUCAACCGACAUGCCUCCAAGAUCGGCGACAGCAGCAAGCCCCCCAAGGUCUACAUCAAGGCCGUCGUGGAGCUUGAGGACUUCAUGAACGAGACCAUCUCCAAGCAGAAGGUCACUCCCAAGAAGAUGAACGCAACCAACGCCCGUGGUCUCAACGCAGUCAAGCAAAAGAUCAGGAAGAUCUCCAAGGACUUCCAGACUCAGGUCGAUGCCUUCAAGGCUGACGAGGAUGAGUUCAUGAAGUCUGAGGACGAGGCCCCCAAGCCAAAGUCCAAGAAGGCCAAGGCCGCCGAGAUCUACACCGAGCCCACCGGCGAGGAGGGCGAGGGCGAGGGCGAGUUUGCUACCGUCGGCAAGGGUGGAAAGACUCUCCAGUUCACCCCCGAGAGUAUUCCCAAGCACCUCCGCGCCAUCCUAGAGUCGAGAGGAAAGAAGAACACCGACCGUACCGAACAGAUCAAGAUCAUGGAGAAACUCUACGAAGUUGCUGCCACUCCUUACCAACAGCUCAAGGUCCUGUUGGUUCUUAUCUCCGCGAGAUUCGAUCUCAGCACUGGCCCUUCCAACUCGAUGCCCGUGGAGCAAUGGAAGGCCGCCGAGAAGGACAUCCAGACGCUCUACAAUGUGCUAACCAAGAACGAGGAUCACAUCGUGGUUGAGGGUGCUGAAGAGUGGGAGGACGAUGACAAGCAACCCCAGAUCCAGCCAGGCGAGAAAUAUCUGAAAGUGCCUGGAUCCAUUGUCUCCUAUGUUGAGCGAUUAGAUGACGAGCUCACGCGAUCUCUGCAAAUCAUCGACCCCCACACCUCCGAGUACAUUGAGCGUCUAUCAGAUGAGGGCGCCCUCUACAACGUCAUUUUCCGUGGUCAGCUCUACUACGAGCACCUCCGCAAGGAUGCCUCACUCGAGGUGCCCCAAGACAGCAUCAACCGUAUCGUGAUGCGUCGUCUAGAGCAUGUCUACUUCAAGCCCGCUCAGGUCGUCAAGAUUCUGGAAGAAAACGCGUGGAAGUCGGCACCUACCAGCGCCGCUUCAAGCAUCACACAGCAAUCCGAGACCACAGAGGCCGACAAGCUCCUCAACAUCCUCUGCAACUACCUCUUUGCCAACAGCGAGGGUAUUAUUCGUGCCCGUGCUAUGUUGUGCCAGAUCUACUUCGCUGCUCUGCACGAUGAUUACUACAAGGCACGUGAUAUGAUGCUCAUGUCGCAUUUGCAGGAGACGAUCAACAGCUUCGAUGUUUUGACUCAGAUUCUCUACAACAGAACCCUUGUGCAGGUCGGUCUCUGCGCCUUCCGCAAGGGCUUGGUCUACGAUGCUCAGAACACACUGCAAGAGAUCUGUGGUAGCGGUAGACAAAAGGAGCUCCUGGCUCAGGGUGUGAUGAUCCAGCGCUUUGCCCAAGUCUCUCCCGAGCAGGAGAGACUGGAGAAGCAAAGACAACUACCCUUCCACAUGCACAUCAACCUCGAGCUGCUCGAGUGUGUAUACCUUACUUGCAGCAUGCUGCUCGAGAUCCCGCUUCUGGCACAGACUGGUUCCUCGCCUGAUGUCAAGAAGCGAGUCAUCAGCAAGACCUACCGUCGCAUGCUUGAGUACCACGAGCGCCAAAUCUUUACUGGUCCUCCCGAGAACACCCGAGACCACGUCAUGCAAGCAUCGAGGGCUUUGGCUGCUGGCGAGUGGAAGAAGGCUAUCAACUUCAUCCAUGACAUCAAGAUCUGGGAGCUUAUGCCAGAUACCGAGAACAUCAAGACCAUGCUCUCGAAGCAGAUCCAGGAGGAGGGUCUCCGUACAUACCUCUUCACCUACGCCCCCUUCUACGACACCCUUGCUGUCGGCACCUUGGCCGCCAUGUUCGAGCUUGAGGACCGCAAGGUUGCCGCUCUUGUCAGCAAGAUGAUCAGCCACGAGGAGCUCGCCGCCGCUCUCGACCAAGUCACAGCAACAGUUAUCUUCCGCAAGGGUGUUGAGCUUUCUCGCCUCCAGAGCUUGGCCCUCACCCUGUCGGACAAGGCUGCUGCGCUCAUUGAGACCAAUGAGCGGACGCUGGAGCAACGCACACAAGGUACGGCCAAUGCCUUCGAUAGGAGAGGGCAGAACAACCGUGGUGGCCGUGGAGGAGGUCGUGGAGGUGGCAGAGGAGGUGCAAGGACAGGAGGUCCUCCACGACAAGCUGGUGGCACGCAGUUCACCGGUGGUGCACUGGGUGCUGCAGUUAGGGGCUAAAUCGCGUUGUCUGGGUCUCUCGGUUCUGUAAUUAAUGCAUAUGGAGUAGGUUUCAUUUUCGCAAAACAAAGGUGUACCGGCAUCAUGUUUAUGCCAGUCCACCUGGGACGGACGGUCAUGAAUAGAGAGAAAUUGAGCAUUCUUUCGAGUUAAAAUAUCGAUCAGUUCAAGUAUCAUGCAUCCUGUAUCAGAAUUAGUAUGUCACAAGAGCGUCGUCUUCGAACACCAAUGAAUUUCGACCAGAACGGGUAGGUCACCCAAGAUUACAGAUAACCUGGUAGAACAUAUUCAGGUAUCAAACAUUGAAG